CGUGUGCUGUUGUGACGUAAAACCCACUUGUGUAAUUUUACUGUUUUGUGUCUGACAUUCAGACAUCAGCAACGUUUUCACUGCGGAGGAAUAGUCCACUAAGAAGUCUUUCAACGCCUCGAGAAAAAGGGUUAAAAUGCUGUCUUCUGUUGUUGCGAGAAGACUGGUAACAGGGGUGUGCCAGGCAGCAUGGAGACCAGCGGUCACGGGGCUGGUGUCAUCUCGUGGUUACCGUGGAGAUACGCCAGAUGACACCAGGGGAGACCUGAUUGAGAUCCCUUUGCCCCCUUGGGACGAGAGGCCCGGCGAGACCACUGACAUCAAGAAGCGACGCCUGCUAUAUGAGAGUCGCAAGAGGGGCAUGUUGGAGAACUGCAUUCUGCUCAGCCUUUUUGCAAAGCAAUACCUGAACUCAAUGACUGAGAACCAGCUGCUGCAGUAUGACAGACUGAUUAAUGAACCGAGCAAUGACUGGGACAUCUACUACUGGGCAACAGAAGCUCAGCCCACCCCUGACGUUUACCAAGGAGAGAUCAUGGAUAUGCUGAAGGAGUUCACAAAGAACCGUAAUCAGGAACAGAGGUUAGAUGCACCCAACUUGGAGUACCUGGACAAGGAAAGCCAGUGAGGUCCAAGGCCCUUUAGGCCUUCUCAGAGACUCAUUUCAGGUGGGGCACUGGGAGAAAUAUCAGUGUCAUAACCCACCAGAAAUACCCUUCAGGGGUCAGCUGUGUUUCUCCAGUUAUGCACAGCAACGUGAACAAAAUAUUGUGGAGUGGAAAAUAUUUAGAACACUUUACUAUCUCGUACUACACACACCUGUCCAUGAAAUAUUCUCACCGGGAAAGCCUACAUCCUCUAUCUCCUCUGCUAGCUCCAGUCAGUCAUUACAGGGAGAAGAGUUGUCGAAGGCGAGGGAAGUUUGUGGAUCGAGCAAAGAUUGAUGCAGCACAAUAUUAGAAAGGUGCUCUGAAUAUUUUACAUGAAUUGUAUUGUAAAUGUUUGAUUCAAGACUGUAUAUUCAUAAUACUCGAUGUGUGAGCUGCAUACUGAAUAAGCCAGCUUUGACACUUAGACACAAACUGAUUAUAUAUACUAGACUGUUGUAAAGAAACACAUUGACUCUCUCAUUGUGUAGCUUGUUGAAUUAUAAUGGUUUGGUUCUGUUCAAUGAUUCUAUCGUGCCUAUUACAUCUAUUAUGGGUUAUUUAAUAAAUGUUGAUGUGUACUGUC